AACCCUUUGGCUUCCCCAGUGGUCCAAUAUCCUCAGGUUCCUGAUUUGGUAUCCUCAGAUUGGUGUACAGGUCUAAGUUGCAUUAUUUACCUCUGUUAAUAUUCCCUCAGUUUCAGAAAUGCUUUUUUUGUGUCAAGAAAAAAUGUUCAUUUAUGUGGAAUUUCCUCAUGCAUUCUAAGAUGGUCCCCUGGGGAUCUAAAUUCUGGUGCUGCUACACAGUUGAUGGUCCCAAACGCUGGUUAAUUUUGAUCGAAAUUCAAAGCUGGGUAACUAGCCAAGCUAUUGCUGUUCAAUGCUUUUGAUAGACAACUGGAUCAGCGUUGAAAAGGAGAGGUUGUUGAAUUGUUCAUGUUCCUCUACUUGGACCAAGAAUGGCUUAGAUAACAGUGAAGCUUGCAAAAUACUGGGUAUAGUUCAGAUCAAGCAGACACUUUAAGCUGUGUCCGGGCAUCUCGGGUCCCAAUGAAGCAAACAAAGUUACGGAAGUAGAGAGUGACAAGUGCAGGAAGCCAAAGGAACAAAGAUAGCAAUGAUUACUAAAGUAUCCAAAGGCGCCACACCAACAUGCAUUCAGAAUCAGUUUCAUCAGCACACCAUUCCAAACCCAACGACACCCAUCUCUAGUGAACAGAAACAAUUUUAACAUAUUGAGGGAGCUCCCCUGGGACGAAGAGAGGGAGAGAGAAUUUUACACUGUUUUGAGCUAAAUUUUACUUUCGAGUCUCCCAAAGAAAUGUAGCUGUUGGCAGUAAAGUUGAAGGAUCGACACCUUUGCUUGUUUGUUUUAUAGUCAGGGAGGUUUUCUCCGCUCAGAUUUAGACCUGUCGCGAGCUAGCAGGCGAGAGAGAGAAUCGUCUUUCUUCUUUGACUUGUUAUUAACACAGCCACAGCUUGGCAGAGCGAACUUGCUGCAGUACUUCAUAGCAAAUCUUUUAUAGCUUUUAAGCUUCCAGUUGAGUUUAACAUGACUUCACAAGACUCGCCUCCAAAUCCAGCUCUAAGUAGCGAGCACUCAUUCACUCUCUCAGACUCCAUUACCGAACAAAACCAUUUCCAAAACCAGCCCUUCGAUGCAUAUGGGUCUUCAUUAAGAGGCCGCGAUCACACACUCCCUCAGUCCUUUGGUGUAUUUCCCUGCAUCCAAUCUCUUGGGGAAAGAAUGUCUAGAUCAAUAGAUCUUGUUCAAGCUUCUACUGUUGGGGAGGAAUCUGAGAUCAGCCACACCCGACAUUUCAUGGAUCUUCUUGGAGCAGCAAAUGAGACCACUCACCAAGCCCAGAGGCUGUCACUUUCUCUGGGCUCUCACGUGCUUGUUCCUUCUGUGCAAUACAGGCAGAGGUCCUUAAGUUCGGAUCUCCUAAGCCCCAGUUACUUAAUGUCUGGAGAAGAAUCACGGGAAGCCUGUAAUCCAGGAAUGGAACAUGUAAGCAACGGGUAUUCUUUCUUGGGCAGUGCAUUUGCUUCUUCUUCAAGCUCACUAAAUCGAACUUGUCCAACUUCAUAUGGAACAGAAUCUUUUGCUGCUGUUAUUCGGAACUCAAUAUAUUUAAGACCAGCUCAGUCCCUUCUGAAUGAAAUUGUUGAUGUCAGCGGAAAAACAAUUGACAUUAGCAAUGGAAAAUAUAUUUCGAAGUUGUAUCGUGGAGGUAGAUUAGGAGCUCUUGGACUUUCUUCUGAACUAAAAGCAGAAUUGUACAGUAAUGGACUCUUAUCAGCUGAGAAGCAAGAGCUUCAAGUUAAAAUUUCUAAGCUUAUCUCCCUUUUGGAGGAGGUUGAUGGCAGAUUCGAUGAGUACUAUAGUCAACUGGAAGAAGUUGUAUCAUCAUUUGAGUUGAUAGCAGGUGUAGGCGCUGCCAAGAAAUACACUGCACUAGCUCUCCAAGCCAUGUCUAAGCAUUUCUGCAGCUUGAGAGAUGCCAUAGUCUCCCAAAUUAACAUCACAAAGAGAAAGUUCUUGCAGGCUUUCCCCAGAAUUAGCACGGGGUUAUCACAACUUAACUUGUUUGAUUCGGAAACUAGACAUACUCGAAUGUCCCUUCAACAGCUAGGAAUGAUCCAAAACCAACGGCAAGCAUGGAGACCCAUCAGAGGGUUGCCUGAGACUUCUGUGACAAUCCUGCGCUCUUGGCUUUUUGAACACUUUCUCCACCCGUAUCCAAAUGAUACUGAAAAGCUAAUGCUGGCAUCACAAACAGGCCUGACUAAGAGCCAAGUCUCAAAUUGGUUCAUAAAUGCUCGAGUUCGGUUGUGGAAACCCAUGAUUGAAGAAAUGUACAAAGAAGAGUUUGGGGACUCUGCAGAAGACUUGAACCCGUUAGCUAGCAAUUCCAUGACGAGGGAAGAUUUCACAGAUCAUGCAGAGGAUUGAACUGAAAUGGUUGAACCAACCAGGCUCAGAAUUUCUUCUACUCCAACAACACUGAGAGGAGUUAGUCUCUAAAGCAGCCUGUUGCAGUUGUGCAAGUUGCCUGCUAAAACCAUUGUCAAAACUGUGUCAUUGUCAGCAUGUUAGUGUCAAUUAGCAUUGGAAUAUGUUCUGGUUCUGUCCUUCUCAUGUCACUAACCCAAAUUGCUGGGUGGUGAAAUCUGUUUGUCAAACUGGCAAGUGUUGUAGAUUUUUCUGCCAAACUUGAGUUAGUGCAGUAAUUAUGAUUAAAAAAAACCUGCAAAAUUAUAAAGGUUGUUUUGGCUC